AUGUCUUUUACUACAUCACAUCCAGAUCCAGGGGGGUUCAUACAGCCGUCUCUUUCCUCCCCAGCUCCCUCGACAUCCACUGCUACUCCAUCCAUUCUUCCCAGACCAAGACUGCACCCCCUCAAGGCAGGUUCAACAAAAGAAACCACUGUCAUCAACCAUGUUGACAAGACAAUCUUGAUCGUCAAUCGCCGACAUGCCAAGAAGUUCAGCAGUGCAUUUGAUGACCAAGCCCAGCAGGAGUCGGAAAGGGGAUAUGAGAGCUUCAAAGAAGUAGCCAAAGAUAUUGAGGGCUUGGUCGAUAUUCUUUGGGUUACUGGGACGCGUAUGUGUAUCUGCCCUACUUCACUCGCUGCGUGGAGCGAAAGAAGUCUAGUAAGAAACUUAGCUGACUUCACACAGCAUCUCUUCAAAUACCAUAUUUGA